CGGGUCCCAUUUCAUCUACCCAAUAACUCCAUGAGGAAUUAUUGUCCUCAUUUCACAGAUGAGGAAGCAGGCUCUGGGAGAUUCAGCAACUUGCCUAGAAAUUUCUCUGUUGGAGUACCCAGGUGUUCUGACUCCUAGUGCCAUUUUAGUGCCACACCACUCUAGAACUUUAGUGAUAAUAAAUGUAUAUACAUCUUCUCUCUCAACACCAUCAUCUGUGUGGUGGGUGUCAUUAAGUCACAUCUUAGAGCAGAGAAAUAGCAUGGUGAAUAACAUGUGAAAAGCCAGUCCCAGGCUUGAUGCUGUUACUCCUUUCUCUGUAACCUGGACCAAUGCCUUUAACCUCUCUGAGCCCCAGUUACCCAAUGUGUCUAAGGGACUAUAAUAAAAUCAUCAUGAGGAUGGCUUAAGCUGAUUUCUAUGAAGGUAUUGAGAAAUCUGUAAACACUUACACAAGUCAGUAUUACUACCGUAAUUUUAAGAUGGCAUUGCUAGAAGUGGCCUCAAGAACCGUGAAGUUCACCACCCAUCCAUUUUGUACAAGAGAGAGCUGUCAUCUGGUAAAUGAAGAAGGGAAGAGAAUAAUUGUUCACCUAAGAGCCAACAGCUAAGUUCCAAUCUACAAUUAUUAUAAGGCACCAUGUGCAUCUGGUUAAUGUAUCUCAUUCUCACAACAUUGCAGCAUUGGUAAUGUUGUGCCUGUUUUUCUGAUUGAGAAACCAAGAUUCAGAAGUGGGGCUACAUGGCCAACUUCACAAGAUACAAUUACUACCAACAAUAAGAACAACAAAAAACCCAGAAGACUAAAUUGGGGUGGUGCAGUUAGGGGUCCACGAGACCACCCUCAGGUUCAAUGAUUCACAAGAAAGAUUCCCAGAACUCAGCAAAAACUGUUAUAUUUAGUUACGGUUUAUUAUAGCAAACAAAUGGAGAUUGAAAUCAGCAAGGGAAAAGGCAUGUAGGGCAGUAUCUAGGAGAGACCAAGAAUGAGCUUUCAGUUGUCUUUUCCCAGUAGAGUUGUGCAUACAGUAUUUACUUCUCUUGGCAGUAAUGCUUGGCGAUAUGCAUAGUAUUGCCAAGCAGAGAAACUCACCGAGCUUUAGUGUCCAGGGUUUUUAUUGGGAGCCUGGUCCCACAGGCAUGGGUGACCUUAGUCUCCAGCUACUUCAGAGGUCAAGCUGAUACCACAUGUGACCCAAGGUCCCCACCAAAAAUCACACUGUUCACGUAGACUACCUGGCAUGGUCCAUUCCCCUAAGUAAAUAGACACUCUUAUCAGGUAAGACAUCCCAAGGGCUUAGAGGUUACCUCCCUGGAGCUGGGCAAGGGCCAAACCUUUCUAGGGUAAGGUUAAUCCUUUAAUGUACACGUAGGAUAUUGGAGGGCACUAGCGUCAGUUUUUCAACGUGAAUCUCUCUCCUAUGGGGUUACAUUCUGUGUUUUGGUGGAAGUCAAGAAGGUACCAGUGGAAGAAGUAUAAUCUUUUGAAUAUUUGAACUUCCCAAGGAAUCCCCAAGCAAUUCUGUGCCUGUGGCCUACUGGCUUAAUAAAAAUAUCAUGUCCCCCAUAGCUAUAAAUCAACUCAGUGCUACCAUAGAUGAUAACACCAAAGGCACAUUCCACACUAUUUGGAAUCUUGAAGAGUGUACCCUGCUGAUCCAUAAUGUACUUAAAAGGGACAUCAUGACACACUUAUUCUGUACAGAUAUAGAACACAAGAGUUCUUCCUGUGGGAGGAUAUUGAACUCUCCAUAUCAGGUGAUAUUCAGUCUCAUGCAGUGGGUGGUUUGUAAAGGAAGAACUCCAAGAAGACAUAUUGGUAAUUGUGUGGUUUUUACCUCACAGGGCACUGGGCUUUUUAAACCUUAGGUAUUUCAUUUUUACAACAAUAAUACAAUGACAUAGGUAUAAUUGAUAACUUAUGUUUCUAAGUAGAAAUGGCAAAGAGAAAGGAAGUGACUUAGCCAACAACAUCCAGCAGAUAAGAGGUGGAGGCGGGAAAUGAUCACAGAUCUGCUGGGAAGGGGCAGAGCUUGAGGGGAGAGUUGGAUUGGGAAGGAAGACAGCAUAGGAGCUGGCCCUAGGAGGUCUGGAUGGGGGGACAGGUAAGGAAUCAUAGGCAAUGUAGAUCCUCAGAAAAUGCACUCACCCUCAGUCUUCAGAGUGCAGUGUCCAGGUUCAAGCUCUUCCUCUUUCAGCAAGUCUCCUCCAUUUGCUCACCUACAAAGUGCAGAGAAGGGAAAUAUACUUGUGAAAAUGCAACAAUCCCGGGUUCCAUGAGGUUAUUGGGGUGGCGGGGAGGAGUACCAAGUAAGCUAAUGGGUGAGAAACCACUUUGUAACUUGGAAAUACUGUGCAUCAGUUAAAUGUCCAUGAGGAUCCCUUGUUUCAGUCCCAGUCUGUCUUUCCCUUCAGACCAGACCCAGAAAGCAGAGCUCCACGACCUAGAGAUUCUUGUGGCUGGAGAUCCUGUGACCUUGACCUGUACCAUCAAAGGCACCUGUGCAGAGAAACCAAAGCCCUUUUCCUUUCCUGGAAUUGGCCCACUCUGUCCUCCAACACAGACGGCUCCAGCAACUCCUCCUCCUGGUGCCGCACUUCACCCCAAAGCCUCAGGAUUAUGGCACCACUCUCAGAUGUUAUUUGAACUUCUCCCUAGCUAAGUUGACCAGAAGUAGCAUGGUCAUGUUCCAGGCGGUCUCACCCACUAGGCUGCUCUAUUCAUCUUGCUCCUUGGAGAAGACUCUACAGUGCAACUGUUCCUUCCAUGGGAUCCCUACACCCUCUGUGCAGUGGUUGAUGGAAGGUGUUCCUGUGGAUGUGAACAGCACAGACAACAUCUUCCAGGUGACUUCCACCAUAAUUGGCCCCUGGACCAACAGCACUAUCAGCCUCAUAGGGGAGCCAGAAAUAGUCAUGAGUCUCCGCUGUGAGGGGAAGAACCAGUUUGGAACCCAUACUUCAAGCAUCUUCCUCCUACCAGUUUACAGUGUGUUCAUGAAGGGGCUGAUCCAGGGCAUUGUGUAUGGAUCCAUUGCAUCGGCACUGUUCUUCUUCUUCCUUGUCCUCCUUGCAAUGAAGAUUCUUAAAUGGUGGGAGGACAGUCACAUUCCCAAGGCCAGAGAGACCCCAAUUAUCCAGAAGCCAGAGCUGCCGGAGGAGCCAGAAACAGCCGUGGAGUCUGAAGCCAAAACCCCUGGGCCUCAAUUGGAAUCUAGGGCUCCCGAGAGAGGACAGACCAUGGACAGACAGACUCCCAGACGGAUCAAGACACAGGCAUGGAUCGAAGAUGUGGAGACCGACCGGCUCAGCCAGACCUCACAGACCUACAGGGCAGGAGCAGCCACUUUGUCUGAGACCCUAAGACCGGAGACCACUGCUAGGAGCUCACGCAUUCCCUGGGCAGACAUCCCCCAAAGACUCCUGGGUGCUGGGCCUCUUGGUCAGCCCCCACCAGGGACACACCUGCUUCCUGCCCUUGAGCCACACGGUCUGGGCCGGCAGGCGAAUGUGCAGGAGCACGGAGGACGGACAGAGGAGCCUGGGGGGAGGCAGCGCUAGGAAAUGGGCUAAUGCUGUGGCAGAGGCCACACGGGCACUGUGACCCAGAGUGACCAGUCACCCUCCUGAGGCCUCGGGCGCUGCCAAGCAAAUCCGCCCUCGGCGUUCUGCAGAGAGAAACAGGGAGCUGUGGGAGGGAAGCGCCUGAAACACUAAAGAAGCCCCAGAGGCCUCUCUGCAGGGACACUGGGGAUCAUGAAGCCCAUCCUCCACACCCCGACAUUGCAAACAGGGAAACCGAGCCUCAGAGUGCCUCAGGCCACACAGCAACACUGUGCACUGCUCAGGACCCCUCCAUCCCAGGACCUUUGAUCCCUGGAGCAGCUCUCCCCAUCCCUGGCCAUUUUCUCCUGCACUAAGAUUCUAGUGCACAGGUUGCAAAAUCAAAAGCCCACAUUGGCCCCGCAGGUAACAAAAUGGGUGCCGUUGGCCUGGUGGGGACCUGGUCCAUCUUGAGAGCAGGCUCCCCACCUGAAGGGGGUGCCAGCAACAGCGAACUCAGCUCCAACUCUUACCUCCCGACAGGAAUGAGAUCUGAACUGCUGGGUCUUCUGGUUUUUGUUUUAAUGUAUCUGUCCUCUACCUCUGUCUGUCUGUCUGUCUAUCUAUCUAUCUAUCUAUAUCUAUCAUCUAUCCAUCCUCUAUCUAUCUAUCUCUGUAUUUUCAGAAGAAUCCAGACACCUAGGUUCUAGUGUGAAAUUUCUGGAUUCACACACGUUAGUAACAGUGUUUAAAAAGCACCUUGGGUCCUGGGGCGCCUGCGUGGCUCAGUCAUUUAGGCAUCCAACUCGAUUUUGGCUCAGGUUGUGAUCUCAUGGUUCGUCAGGCUCUGUGCUGACAGUGUUGGGAUUCUCUCUCUCCCUCUCUGUCCUUUCCCGCUCGUACACUC